CUUACCACCUUUCGGUCAUUAGCUGAUUAUGUUAAUGAGGAUUAUAUUUACAUGUAAAGAUUGUAGUUCUCCAAUGAUCGCGGAUAUCAGUAAGUUGCGAGUUACCGCAAACUAACGCCCCCUUCAAAACUUAUAAUAAAUACUUUGUAAACGAAGCAACACGUCAAUUUAAUUAGUAGUGAUUGGCAAGCGCUUGAGGACUGUGUAGCUGGCGCUUAAUUAUCUUGUUUGCUCUUUUCUAGUUCAAGGAUUUAGAGAAAAGAAUUUUCUACAAAACUACAAAAAUGGUGAGCGGCGCGGUGAUGAUCUUGGUGUUUAUAGGUAUGAGUACUGCCUCACCAACCGAUGUCAUCCACCAGGCAGACUUGGCUGAUGAGUAUGUAGUAUUCAACACAAUUUAUGAUGGUUUCUCGGAUGAUGAUGUUUUCCUGGAUCGUGAGAAGAGGGGAUUGUUUGGGGGAUCCGGAUCGGGAUCGGGAGCAGGGCCUUCAGGAACGCAAAAUGAACUUCAUAUCAGCGAAACUCCUCAAUUGCAGACCAAACCAGAGAUUUUGGAGAUGAUGGUGACUUCUAAGAUAACGGCUCGCUUUGCAAGCACAGAGGUGCGAAGCGUGCUCAAGAACUUGGAUGAGAAAGCGGCGGAGGCCACGUUCACACUCAUCCUCCCAGAGGAUGCUUUUAUCAGUGCCUUCUCUAUGACCAUCAAUGACGUCGUCUAUGAUUCGCAAGUGAAGCCCAAGGCUGUAGCUCAGAAGGAGUACAACAAAGCCAAAGCAAGAGGACAAACAGCUGGACAGGUCAAACAAAGUAAACCAGGAGAUACAAAGUUCAAGGUAUCAGUGACAGUGGCGGCUGAAACCUCGGUCCUCUUCAACCUCACCUACCAGCAACUAUUGAUCAGGAAGGGCGGCAUGUUUGAAAACCGUAUCAGCAUUCAACCGGGUCAGGUGGUUCCAAAUGUCAGCGUCGAGGUCUACAUCACCGAACCUCAAGGUUUGAAGGAAGUCACCUCUACUUGGUUGAUAUCAGACAAGAAUGACCGGGCCAAGCUGAACAGCAUGACCACCCUGGACAUCAAGCCUCGAACAGCUCACAUUCUCUUUGACUCGAAAGAGGAGGGGCUACUGACCACCUCCAGACGAGGCAUCAUGGGAGAUUUCAUCGUCACGUAUGACGUCAUCCAUACUAAGAAAGCUGGUCACCUGGAGAUUGUCGAUGGCUACUUCGUUCACUACUUCUCACCCGAUGGACUGCCAAAUACAAGGAAGAACGUCAUCUUCGUAAUCGACGUCAGUGGUUCGAUGUAUGGCCAGAAAACAAGACAGACCAAGAGAGCGUUCACUACGAUCUUGGACGAUGUCCGCCCAAUAGACCGGAUCAACAUCAUCUUGUUUUCUAGCUACGCACAUGUCUGGAGGGAGGAUCAGAUGGUAGAAGCUACCAGUGACAACAUUGCAGCAGCUAAGCGACAUGUCAACGGACUCUCCGUCGGUGGAGGUACAAAUAUAUACGAUAGCUUGAUGAAAGCUGUCGAAAUUCUACUGGAACAUGACACUGGUGACGCCAUGCCCUUGAUCAUCAUGCUAACCGAUGGACAAGUGGGUAACGCGGCCGCUAUCGUUAGAGACGUCACCAGCGUCAUCGGCGGCAGGUUGUCUUUGUUCAGCAUCGGAUUCGGAAACGGAGUCGACUUUCCAUUUCUGGAAAAACUCUCGCUUUCCAACCAAGCCCUGGCUCGUAAAGUCUACGAAGACUCGAGUGCGAGCUUACAGAUGAAAGGUUUCUACGACGAGGUUGCCAAUCCACUCCUCUUCAAUAUCAACAUGGAGUACAACAACCGGUUGGUAGACCAGAAUUCUCUGACGAAGUCCAGGUUUAUAUCUUUCUUCGACGGCACCGAGAUAACGGUGGCGGGAAAACUGUCUGAUGAUGUAAUUAAAGCCGUCUGGGAAUCCCCGAAAGACGCCAUUGAAAAUGAAGGCGUUCAGGCUGAGGGAGAAAAUCUGAACGGAUAUAAUUUGACAAGCAACGGGACAGUGAAAUCAUCACGACAACGUUCUGAAACUUUUUCGGUUGGGGAUGAUGGAAAUAAGAGCACCGAUUUAGAGCUUAGCGUGGUCAUAACUGCCAGGUCUUUCGAUGUUGACAUUCAAUUCAACUCGUCCACGACGAUAGAGAAAGAGCGCUACGUAGAUGGGCACGGGGUAAGCGACUUCACCGAGCGUCUCUGGGCCUACCUCACCAUCAAGAAUCUUCUGGAUCAACGAAAGACAGCCAACAAUCGUGAAACAAAGGUGGCGCUCUCCGAACGGGCCCUCAACCUCUCGCUCAAAUACCAUUUCGUCACACCUCUGACCUCUCUCCUGGUGGUCAAACCCGAUGUCGUUGAUCGCGAUGUCCAGGGUGGCGAUACUGAGGCAGAUGGUGAAGACGAUGACGCUGAUAAAGGGACGCAGCAACCCCCGCCACCGUCGAAUCCACCUAAUAGACGUAAAACAGUGCCCUCCCCAAACAUCCCAGCUGCAUCAUCUUUCUCAAACGCCCAAUCAACUUCUUUCGCCGACAGUGAUCCUCACUUCAUGGUCGAGAUCCCUCAUUCUGGUUUGACGGUGUGUUUUGAUAUCAAUGGCGAUCCUGGUGAUGUAUUCAAUCUCUUGAAUGAUCCGAAUCUCAAUUUAUCGGUGUCUGCUUACGUCAUCCCCGUUGAGAAAGAACUGCCCGGUGCCAAGAAGAACCGUACGUACUUCGGUAAGAUCGGUGUCCUUCUCGGGUUAGACCGCUACCUCGUUCUGACUUCCGACACCAUCGAGGUCAACAACGAGGCGUUCAAACUCGGCUGGGAUGACGCCCUCUCCAUCCGCGUCGGGGACUUCGUCGUCCAUAUCAGGAAUAAUCACGAGGUGGUGAUCGCGCACGGUGAUGAUGUCGUGUUGGUGAUCAUGGUGCACCGCGUGAAGCACAGAAACACCUUCCUGGCUGAGGGAGACAGUACCAGGAGGCAUCAAGUGGACUAUCUUGGGUUCUACAUCGAGGAGGGAAAGGGCUUCUCCGAAGAUGUUCAUGGUCUCGUUGGUCAGUUCCAGCGAAAGAGGAAAAUCCUUGUUUCAAGCCCUCAAGAUGAACUUCUCUCGCUCGAAGCCAACGAUGUGAAAGCCGAACUGGUGAUCGACGACCGGAAAGUCCCGGUCCAUCUCAUGAGCCGUAAAAUACCCCUGAGCAGAGAAUUUCAUCAGUGCUGGCAUGCUGGUCAUAAUGCAAAGGGUCUGAUCGAAGGAGACUACACGGACUACAAGCUACCGCAUCUGAAUGCGCGUCCGUUGCUAUGGGAUAUAUAAGUGGACAAUAAAUCCAACUAGCACAGAAAAUGUGAACAAAUGAAAAACAAAAUAAUACAGUGGACUCUCAUUAAGUCGAAUCUGUAUGGAUGACAACGAUAGUUACACUUAGGCAAACUUUGACUUCGGAAGUAUUAAUGACACACUAUUUGAAUACCGGUAGUUUGGUUAAACAAAAAAUGAUUUGAAUAGAGGAAAAUUUAACUUGUCAAAUUCGAGUUAAGCAGAGUUAACUGUGUAUAUAUCUCUAUAAAAUGAAAAUCCUGCAGAUUUAAAGCACACAUUACUGCCAGACUGCCUUUUUAUUAUUUUCUUUAUGCAUUUCUCCUUCGACAUGAUAGUAUACUACUACCCCCCCCCCCCCCCCCCCACAUAGUUCUCUAGAAUGUAAUGCUGGCUGUUAGAUUAAAGUUUUGCUAUUUCUUUUAUGGUUUCAUUUGUAGCAGAAAAUGUAAUAGGUAAUUUGUAGAGAGUGAUGACAAAAGUGAAAUAUAUGAAGGAAAUAUAUUGUACAGCGAUCUCCACCAGUAAAUAUUUUAUCAUUAACACAUUUUUAGAAAAUUUUCAAAUUUUUAUACACAAAGUUCACAAACACAAAUGUUGAAUUGAUUACACACGUCUUAUAUAUGCUUUUUACUCACUCUCAUUAAUUUGAAAGCAUGUUUAGUAUUCAUAAAUUUGAAUACUAAACAUGCGUCUUAUUAUAAGAUGCGAUUGAUUAUAAUCUAUCGCAAUUUGAAAUUAUUCCAACUCAUGUCUCUUAAGUAAAUAUUCGAGAUUGAUUUGAAUCCAUCGCAAGUUUAUUAUUGAUUUUGCACGACUUAUAUAUGCGUUUUACUUCCAUCGCAACUCUUUAUAAUACAGUUAUAUACAAACAUUUACAUAGAGAGGUUCAGUGAUCGGUUUUAUGACAGAUAAUUCAUGGGGACUGAAAACUGUUAUUGUCAUGUUUCAUAGAAUUAUCCCUCAAUUCACCUGUCAUUUAUGUAUAUGCAAAGUUGAAUGUCUAAGACCAAAAAAUAAGCAAACGUAUUGUCAUGCUUUAUAAAUACCUUUUUAAAAAUUCUUGAUACAUCUAUUAAAAGAAAAGAGUUUUCGUAAGAAAAUAAAGAUCGUAAGAAAA